CGGGGAGAGAGAGGGAGCGGGAGGCGCUGCAGCGACCGCGACGACGCUUGAUUCGGGCCAUGGGCAAGAAGCACAAGAAGCACAAGGCGGACAAAUACCCGUAUGAAGAAUAUGUAGAAAAACCCUUAAAGCUGGUUUUAAAAGUAGGAGGAAAUGAAGUUGCAGAGCUUUCCACUCAGAGCUCAAUACAUGAUUCAGUCCUAUAUGAAGACAAAAACGAACAUGAAAAACACAAAGACAAGAAAAGGAAGAAGAGGAAAAAGGCUGAAAAGCAAGUUCCGGGAGAGGAAAAGGAAAAAAGAAAGAGAAAAGUAAAGGAGGAUAAAAAGAAGCGAGAUAGGGACCGUGGUGAUACUGAAGGAGAAAGAGAACUGAAAUGUCAAACGCCUAUAAGACUGGAAUUGCCACAUGAGAAAUCAUUGGCAAGCAGUUUAGCAAAACAGGAAGAAGUGGAACAGACACCACUUCAAGAAGCUUUGAACCAACUUGUGAGACAACUGCAGAGAAAGGAUCCAAAUGCUUUCUUUUCAUUUCCUGUGACUGACUUUAUUGCUCCCGGCUACUCAAUGAUCAUUAAACGCCCAAUGGAUUUUAGUACCAUGAAAGAGAAGAUCAAAAACAAUGGUUACCAGUCCAUAGAAGAACUAAAGGAAAACUUCAAACUGAUGUGUACCAAUGCCAUGGUCUAUAACAAACCAGAGACCAUUUAUUACAAGGCUGCAAAAAAACUCCUGCAUUCAGGAAUGAAAAUACUCAGCCAGGAACGAAUUCAGAGCUUGAAACAAAGCAUUGACUUUAUGGCAGACCUUCAGAAAAGCAGGAAGCAGAAAGAUAAAGCAGGCCUACAGUCUGGUGGAGAAGAUGACGAUGGUCUUGGAAAAGAUCCAGAUUCCAUGGACGCAGACCUCAGAGCCUUUAAAAUUCCCAGCAAAGAACACAAAAAGAAAGAGAAAGAACUACUUGAAGAAAAAAUAAGAAAUAGUAACUUAGAGAGGGAGCAAGAGCUGAUUGAACGUAUCAUUAAAGAAUCGGGAGGAAAGUUAACAAAACGACCAGCUAAUGCUCAGUGUGAGUUUGAACGACGAAAAUCUGAUGGCACAACCACCCUGGGACUUCUUAAUCCAGCAGAAAAUGCCGGGGAACUUGGUUAUAGCUCUGUGAAACUGGGUGUGACAGCCGGAAGACUUCAGUCAGGCAUAAACACAUUACAAGGGUUCAAAGAAGACAAAAGGAAUAAAGUUACUCCAGUGAUGUACUUGAACUAUGGGCCCUUUAGUUCUUAUGCUCCAGCUUAUGAUUCCACAUUCGCAAAUAUCAGCAAGGAGGAUUCAGAUUUAAUCUAUUCCACUUAUGGAGAAGAUUCUAAUCAAGGGAGUUUUAACAUGAAUGAGUUUUUGGCAAAGUCUCAGGACUACCCGUAUGUAAUGGCUGACAGCUUGUUGGAUGUCUUAACCCAAGGAGGACAUUCUCGCUCGCUCAGAGAACUAGAGACGUUACAACCAGCAGAGGAAGCUCAAGGCCGACAUGAGAGGGCCGAUACAACCAAGGACAUAGAGAUUAUGGAAACUGAUCUUGCCAGCAGGUCCUCUCUUAGUAAGGAGAGGCUUACAGCACUGAGAGCAGUAACCAAUUUUGGGGUGCCCGUGGAGGAGUUUGACUCCGAAGAAGCAGAAGUCUUCCAGAAAAAACUUGACGAGACCACAAAAUUACUUAGGGAGCUUCAGGAUGCUCAGAAUGAACGGCUGAGUACAAAACCACCUCCUAACAUGAUUUGCCUCUUGGGCCCGUCGUAUAAGGAGAUGCAUUUGGCGGAAAGAGUGACCAGUAAUCUAAAACAGCUCGCGCAACAAGUAGCUCCAGGUGAUAUUGUGAGCACAUAUGGAAUCCGUAAAGCAAUGGGGAUUUCAAUUCCUUUGCCAGAUGCUGUGGAGAGCUGUGUUGACUUAACGGAGGAUAUGGAGGAACCCCCCAAAACUACAAUUCUCAUUGGAACCGAAUGCGAACCAGUUGGUACAUGAUCCAUAUGAUAUUUAGACUUUAAAUCUUACCUUUUUUGAGAUUUGCCCUGUGCAUGCAUGGGGUCUUUGUAUACUUUGUGUUAGGUUUGUGUAUGGAAUAUUCGAAUUCUUUAUAAAAUAAUUUAAAAUCAAA